GGGAGCAAACACCGUGGUUCACGCAAUCAGAGGACUCGAGCCGAGACUUAAGUAUCUGCCAACUCUCCGUGAAGAAGCGAGAAAAUAAGAAAAAAAAUGCAGUACAAGAACUUGGGGCGCUCGGGGCUGAAGGUGAGCCAGCUCUCGUACGGGGCGUGGGUCAGCUUCGGCAACCAGCUCGACGUCAAGGAGGCCAAGUCUCUGCUCCAGUGCUGCCGCGACCACGGCGUCAACUUCUUCGACAACGCCGAGGUCUAUGCCAAUGGCCGUGCCGAGGAGAUCAUGGGCCAGGCCAUCCGCGAGCUUGGUUGGAAGCGCUCCGAUAUCGUUGUUUCCACCAAGAUCUUCUGGGGUGGUUCCGGACCCAACGACAAGGGCCUCUCCAGGAAGCACGUCGUCGAGGGCACCAAGGCCUCCCUCAAGCGCCUCGACAUGGAAUACGUCGACGUUCUUUACUGCCACCGCCCGGACUCCUCCACCCCGAUCGAGGAGACCGUUAGGGCCAUGAACUAUGUUAUUGAUAAGGGCUGGGCAUUCUACUGGGGUACCAGCGAGUGGUCGGCCCAGCAGAUCACCGAGGCUUGGGGGGUCGCCGAGAGAUUGGACUUGGUGGGGCCGAUCGUCGAGCAGCCCGAGUAUAAUUUGUUGUCCCGUCACAAGGUUGAGUCUGAAUUCCUUCCUCUGUACAGCAACUACGGCUUGGGUCUUACCACAUGGAGCCCACUUGCAUCUGGAGUGCUCACUGGAAAAUACAACAACAAAGUUAUACCAUCUGAUAGCCGGUUUUCAUUGGAAAAUUACAAGAAUCUCGCUAAUCGGUCAUUGGUUGAUGACGUGCUGAAAAAAGUUAAAGGUCUGAAGCCAAUUGCAGAUGAACUUGGCGUGCCGUUAUCUCAACUAGCAAUUGCAUGGUGUGCUGCGAAUCCUAAUGUCUCAUCUGUUAUUACUGGAGCAACAAAGGAAUCUCAGAUUCAAGAAAACAUGAAAGCUAUUGAUGUCAUCCCACGUCUGACUCCUGCCGUGAUGGAGAGUAUUGAGGCUGUCGUUCAAAGCAAGCCAAAGCGUCCAGAAUCGUAUAGGUGAAACAAUAUUUUCAAUGCUGUUUUCUAUGCUACACAUUGCAGCGUAGACUUCAUUGUACCAAUGUUCCUGAUGCUUAAUUAUUUCUUGUUUCGUUGAACUACUCAUGGAACUUCAUGUGUACCUGGUCUUUUUUCCUUCUUUUCUUGUUUUGGCCCUUUGUGGGCAGGGAGGAGACGAUUGUGGUUUGAUAUUGUACGGAUUGUUCAUGUGUUAUUUGCCUGAGAAAAUCAACUCAAGUUUAUUCCUUCUGAA